UCUGAUCAGUUCUCAUUUCUGUCAUUCAAAUUUUAAAAAAUGACGUCCAAAUUAAUGUUGUUAGUUUUAAUAUCGCUGUGUGCAAAUUUCUUAGUUUGUUCUGGAAAAUAUCAGCAAAUUGGUGAUUGUAAUUAUUUUGACAGUGUAUAUGGUAAUUGUAAUUUAACCCUAGUUUGCACUGAAUAUGUUCGUAAUCGUGAUCUUUUUACGUCGGGCACAAAGCCAAUUUGUAUGAAUCAGCAUCUCUACGAUGAAUAUGAGGAUGGAUUUGGAAAAUCAUGGAUUGGAAAAAUUGAAUUUGAAAAUUGUGAUCGUCCACAGAUUCCACGUAACAUUUUUGAAUUAUAUUCAAAUGUUCACACAUUCAAUAUAUCGCACCUCAGCUUACAAACUAUCGACUUAGAUGGUUUUUCGAGUGUAAAAAAUAUCUUUGAAUUGUUCGCCACGCACAACGAAAUCGCUGAAUUGCCAUCGGAUCUCAUGAAACUUACACCAAGACUGUUCAACGCCGACUUUUCAUUCAAUCGAAUUAAAACAAUCAAUCCGACCGCUUUUCAUUCUGGAUUGCAAUUUUUGAAUUUGUGCCACAACAAUAUCAGUGAGUUAAGCGGACGAAUGACGGAACAUUUGAACGGAAUGACACAUUUGCUGCUCUGCCAUAAUCAAAUCAAUGAAAUUCCAUCACUUUUACUUCAUAACAUGAAGAUGCUUAGAGAUCUUGAUUUUUCAUUCAACAAUAUUUCAAAGAUCAAUAAUUUUGCAUUCUCUGGCGAAAUGCUGUUGGAAAGAUUGAAUUUAUCACACAAUCACCUGACCGUAUUAGAGCCGAAAAUGUUUAGAGACGAAAAUUUGCAGAGUGUGCUGCAUUUGGAUCUGUCGAACAAUUUAAUAACCGAAAUCAAACCGAAUACAUUUUUGACAUUAACGCACUUACACACAUUGAAUUUAUCGCAAAAUAAAUUGAAGGCGCUCAAUGCGGAUGUUUUGUCGCCACGGACGAAUAAUUUAAAUUUAUUGUCGAUAACAAACAACCGGAUGCAAGAACUAAAUGGCUUCACAAAUACACGCAUUCCGAAUGCAAAAAUCAUCGGCAUUAGCGAAUUCAAUUGCACAUAUUUUAAUAGAUUGUUUCAGUCGCUUAGCUGGAAACAUGUCGAUGUCAUUUACAAAUUAAUCGAUUGCGACACGAUCAGUGAAGGAACGGAUUUUAAUAGUUUUGAUAAAGAAACAAUGUCGCCAUCAGAAGAAAAGGGAGUGGCAAAUAUGCAGAUUCGAUACCAGGCGAGAGAAAACAAUGGAUCCGGAUCAAUGGCUCAACUUAUGGCAUCGUGGAUCAAUGCCAUCUGUUUGGUGAUAAUCGUGCUCACCAUUUUCUGGUUUGGCUUCAACAAACGAUUGCCAAAGUUUGGAUAUAUACGAAAUGAGGAAGAACAACCAUUAAGUAUCAUGGGAAAUCAUUGAUAUUCUUGCGGAAUUCACAAUGUAAAUGAAUUGACACGACGGGAAUUGUAUGACGUUUUUGUUUGAAUGAUAUCGUUUUUU